ACUUUGUAGAUGGUACCAGACAUUGAAUGGGGAAAAAACAUUCGCAUAGUUCUAGAUAUUGGAUGUAAAGAUUCAAGCUUUGGGGCUUCUUUACUUGAGAAGGAUGUGCUGACGCUUGCACUUGGCUUGAAAGAUGACCUAGUGGAUCUGGCACAGCUUGCCCUAGAGCGUGGUUUUCCUGCUGUGGUUAGCCCCUUUUCAGCUCGAAGGCUUCCUUUUCCUAGCGGUGUAUUUGAUGCAAUUCAUUGUUCAGAAUGCAAUAUGGCUUGGCAUUCAAAUGGGGUUAAGCUUAUUUUAGAGCUGAAUAGGAUUUUGAGGCCAGGGGGGUAUUUCAUUCUCUCUACUAAACACAACAGUGUUGAAGCUGAAGAAGCUUUGUCCAAAUUGACGGUAUCUGUUUGUUGGAACAUCCUGGCUGAUAAAGUCGAUGAGGUCAGCGAUAUAGGUGUCAAGGUAUAUCAAAAGCCCGAAUCAAAUAACUUAUAUAGACUGAGAAGAAAAAGAGAUCCUCCUAUGUGCAAGGAAAAUGAGAAUACAGAUGCUGCCUGGUAUGUUCCAUUGAAAAAUUGCCUGCAUGCCAUUCCUGAAGCCAUUGAACAACGUGGCACUGAAUGGCCUGAGGUAUGGCCGAAGAGGCUUAACACGUUUCCCGACUGGAUGAAUAAAAUAGAGGGAUUGACUGCCGACAGUGAGCACUGGAAAACUGUUGUGAAAGGGCCUUAUCUAACAGGAUUAGGUGUUGAUUGGUCGACUAUCAGAAAUGUAAUGGACAUGAAAGCCAUCAAUGGAGGAUUCGCUGCUGCACUUUCUAAGCAACAGGUGUGGGUGAUGAAUGUGGUACCGGUACAUGCUCCAGACACACUUCCCAUCAUUUUUGAGCGUGGGCUUUUCGGCGUUUAUCAUGAUUGGUGUGAAUCUUUCGGUACUUAUCCAAGAUCUUAUGACCUUCUGCAUGCUGAUCACCUCUUCUCGAGGCUUAAGAACCGGUGCAAGAAGCCUGUAGUAAUUGUUGUUGAGAUGGAUCGCAUAUUAAGGCCCGGUGGUUGGGCAAUAAUUCGUGACAAGGAAGAAAUACUAGAUCCAUUAGAAGGAAUCCUGAGGAGUCUGCAUUGGGAGAUUCGAAUGAAAUUAAGACACGAUAAGGAAGGCCUCCUCUGUGCCCAAAAGACCGUAUGGCGGCCCUGAAGCUUUUUAUCAUGCUAGUGUUGUGCAUUUUCGACCAUCUUCUACAGGCAGGAAGAGUAUAUAUUUUUUCUUUAUUUAUCGACAGAAACAGAUUAGUACCAAUGUCGUAUACUAUGUUGUUGAGUGUUAUUGUUGACAUUUAGAAAAAGGGGCAAUCAUUUUUGUAGCUUCAAAUGAGAUACUUGGGUGGGUUUCCUCCGUUCAAGCUUAUAUGUUUUUUAAUAUUGACAUUUUUUUUUUAUUGAACUUUAUCAGAUUCAUUGUUCUGAUAGAGAUGGAA